UGGAAGCCACAUGUCAGCAGCAGCUGUAUAAAAGUCAGCCCAGCAAACCUAGUGUGACUUUUUUUGCCCAAAGCCAGGCAGCAUGGACCUCACUCUUCUGUGGGUACUUCUGCCACUGGUCACCAUGGCCUGGGGCCAAUAUGGUGACUACGGGUACCCGUACCAGCAAUACCAUGACUACAGCGAUGAUGGCUGGGUGAAUCUGAACCGACAGGGCUUCAGCUACCAGUGUCCCCACGGACAGGUGGUGGUGGCUGUAAGGAGCAUCUUUAGCAAGAAGGAAGGCUCUGACAGACAAUGGAACUAUGCCUGCAUGCCCACAUCCCCGAGUCUCGGGGAACCCACGGAAUGCUGGUGGGAGGAGAUCAACAGGGCUGGCAUGGAAUGGUACCAAACGUGCUCCAACAACGGGCUGGUGGCUGGGUUCCAGAGCCGCUACUUUGAGUCAGUGCUGGAUCGGGAGUGGCAAUUUUACUGCUGUCGCUACAGUAAGAGGUGCCCAUAUUCUUGCUGGCUGACGACAGAGUACCCAGGCCACUAUGGGGAAGAAAUGGACAUGAUUUCCUAUAACUAUGAUUACUAUAUCCGAGGAGCAACAACCACUUUCUCUGCAGUGGAAAGGGAUCGGCAAUGGAAGUUCAUUAUGUGCAGGAUGACUGAUUAUGACUGCCAAUUUGCAAAUGUUUAGAUUUGCCACCUACAGAAAUCUGGAUGAAGGGAAGGGGCCAGAAGCCCCGAGGGUGUCAUAUAUGCUAACGUUGAUUGGUUAGAAGUCCUGUAGCUCUUUCUGCUGCCUUUUUCUCUUUUUCCUGAGCUGGGAGCUGUCAUAUCAGCUGCCUGGGCCUUUCUGACAACUAUCACACUUAUAAUGAAACCCACAGUUAAGCCAUGUUUCUCCUAUUCAACACAUUCCAUAGCAAUGCUCUCAGAUGGCUUCCUUGCAUACCACAUAUACAGCAUUCAUGCUUAUAGCCUGGUGGCUGGAGGACCUGCCAUAUCCCUGCUAUUGCUCACUAUAAAUGGAGCUUCAAGUCUAGCUUAGUGAACUCAGAAGGAGAGAGAGAGAGAGAAAGGAACAGCUUGAGAAGGGGUGUGAUGAAGGUUCUCCAUAGUUAAGUCUGUUUGAAUGACAGCACCCAGGGUCCUCACCUGGGUAAGCACACCUUCUGCCUUGAGGGAACAUGUAUCCAUUCUCCCCCUCCACAGGAACCAUGGACACUUAGAAUUCCAAGUGCAGCCCUUAGUGCCCCUGGAGAGACGGGACUGGAAGGUGAAAUGGGGAGGUAGAAGGGCUUGAGGACAGAGCUAAAGGAAGAAUUUCCUCUUUCAAAGGCACACUUUAGUAUACCCAAUAAUGAAAAUGAAUGUGAGGGGCAGAACAUGUGAGAAUCGAGCUUAAGAUAAAACACAAUGAAAGAAAGAUCAGAGAAUGGAACUCAGAUUGGGAACUUGGGGAGAUGAGAGUGGCCAGGGAAAAUGGAAAAGGGGUCUUGGAUCACCAGCAGCUCGAGACAUGCCCAGUAUUCUUAGGAAGGCUGGUAUACCCCAGGAACCAUGGGGGAGUUGCUGACAAACCAACCAAAGGGGUCCUGAAGAAUACACCUCCAUCCUAUGUGCAGCUUAGAAGUGCCUUCCUCAGAGAGAGUGGAAAGGCACUGUCUUUCUUCCUCCUAUGACAUCUCUGUCCCCAGCCAUUUGUACUCUCUUCCUCACAAUAAAAAUUAAAAAUGUCAACAUUCA